UGUCGCUGAGUCGGACCGCGACAAUGAAUAUCGUAGAAUGGGCGUUCGGCAAGCGUAUGACGCCGGCGGAGCGGCUACGGAAGCACCAGCGAGCACUCGAGAAGACGCAACGGGAACUGGACCGGGAGCGCGUUAAGCUCGAAAACCAAGAGAAGAAACUGGUACAGGAUAUCAAGAAGAGCGCGAAAAAUGGACAAAUGGGCCCUUUGCGUAUACAAGCCAAGGACUUGGUGCGGACGAGGAGAUAUAUACAAAAGUUCUACCAGAUGCGGACUCAGCUCCAGGCCAUUUCGUUACGAAUACAGACGGUACGGAGCAACGAACAGAUGAUGCAGUCCAUGAAAGGAGCAACAGCGCUUCUCGGCAGCAUGAAUCGACAAAUGAAUCUGCCCGCCUUGCAACGGAUCGCUAUGGAGUUUGAGAAGGAGAACGAUAUCAUGGAUCAGAGGCAAGAGAUGAUGGAUGAUGCGAUUGACGAUGUGACUGGGCUCGAGGACGAGGAGGAAGGCGAGGAGGUGGUCAACCAGGUACUCGACGAGAUAGGCAUCGAUCUCGGACAGAUGUUGGGAGAGACACCUUCGGGGUUGCAGAAGCAAGCUGUACCGGAAGGCCGGGUAGCACAAGCUGUGGGAGGCGGUGACCCUGAUGACGAUGACCUUCAAGCAAGGCUGGAUAGUCUCCGAAGAUGAGGCGACGCGGACUCAAGAGGCAUGGCGAUUUUCUGGAGUUUGAGGGGUCCUUCUG